AUGGUUCGACCCCUUUACACCAAGCUGCACUGUCAGGGAGCUGAAGUCAAUGAGAGCAACAAUGGUGGUAGGACCCCAUUACAACUAGCUGCAUCUAAUGGUCAUCUUGAUGUCACCAAAGAACUAAUCAGUCAAUGUGCUGACUUUAAAAAGACCGAUCGUGAUGGUUGGACUGCAUUACAUUCAGCUGCUGCUAAAGGACAUCUUGAUGUUGUCACAGAAAUAAUCAGUCAAGGUGUUGAUGUUGGUAAGGCUAGUGACAAAGGAUGGUCAGCCUUAUACCUUGCCGCAGCUGCUGGUCAUGUUCGUGUUUCAAGUGCAUUGCUUAGUCAGCAAGCUGAGCUUGCCAAAGCAAAUAUAAUUCAUUGGACGGAGUUUCAUUCCGCUGCAGAGAGAGGCGAUCUUGAUGCCAUGAAAGAUCAUGUCAGUCAAGGAGCCAAGCUGAAUAAAGCUGGUUCUUUUGGUUGGACAGCCUUACACAUUGCAGCAGGUAAUGGCCAUCUUAAUAUGACAAAAUAUUUGCUGAGUCAAGGAGCUGAUGUGAAUUCUAGCAAUGACUUUGGUACGUGUGCCUUGCAUAGUGCCGCAGAGAAAGGGAACUUGGAUGUCGUGGAAUAUCUGAUCAGCGAAGGGGCCGAUAUGAAUAAGGGAAAUGACCGUGGAUUGACUGCCCUACAUUUUGCAUCAUCGUCUGGCCAUUUAAAUAUCGUCAAAUCCCUAAUCGGUCAUGGAGUUGAGGCAGAUAUUCGCAACGCAUAUGGAACCACUGCUCUUCAUUAUGCUUUAGGUACUCGUCAGAUCGGCAUCACGAAGUAUCUGCUUAGCCAAGGCUCUGAACUGAUUAAGAGAAGCGUGCGGAACUCCGUCAUCUUACAAUUUGAUGGACAGUAUGGUCAUUAUGAUGUUGUGCGAUGUGUGCAGAGUUGUGUAGGUCACGCAGUUAGCAGAUUCACUGAUUCUGUCACUGUCUUUAGAGGUACUCCAGAAAGUGAUCUUGGUAGAACCAAAUAUCAAGAUGGCGAUGAGGAUAAGACAGUUAAAGGGGGAAUGGUUAUUGUGAAAAUGACACGUAUAUUGUCUGAUCUUGACAGUCAUGAAGAUCUUCUUCGAAGUCAAGGAGGCAGAACAGCUGGUAGCACAUCAUUACAAUAUGCUAUACAAGGUGGCAAUCUUGCAGCUGUUCGGUAUCUGAUCACUCAAGGAGCUGAAGUGAACGAAAGCAACAAUGCUGGCUGGACUGCUCUUCAUGUUGCUGCGCAAAUGGGUCGUCUUUAUAUUGUAGAUUAUCUACUUGAACAGGGAGCUGAAGUAACCAAAGGAGACUUCGAUGAUAUCUCGCCUUUGCAUGUUGCUGCAUUUGUUGGCCAUUGUGAUGUUACCGAGCAUUUGCUUAGGCGAGGAGCAGAGGUCAACGGCGCCACCAAGGAGAAAGGUUCUACAGCCCUACAUGUCGGAGUGCAGAAUGGUCAUCGUGAUAUCACAAAAGGCUUGCUCAACCACGGAGCCGAUGUUGAUGCGACCGACCAUGACGGCUGGACUCCCUUGCACAUUGCUGUUCAGAAUGGUCACAUCGAUGUCAUGAAGUGUCUUCUUCAGCAACUUGCAGAUGUUAGCAAGGUUACCAAGAAGGGAUCAUCUGCAUUGCAUUUAUCUGCUGCAAAUGGACAUACCGAUGUCACAAGAUAUCUAUUGGAGCACGGAUCUGAAGUAAAUCUAAUUAAACCUGGGAAGACUGCAUUGCAACUUGCUGCAGAACAAGACCAAGUACGCGGGACAAGUACAGAUACGUGGUGUGCUGAAGGGCAGAAACACCCUUCUUCCCCAAAUUGCCAUGCAGAUACUGAGGGAUUAACAGAAGAUGAGAAGGUUGUUUGGCAACAUCCCGAGAAAGGCUGCACAGCAGUUCAUUUAGCCACGCAAAAUGGUUACACCUCCAUCAUCGAGACAUUAGUUUCUCGUGGCGCCGAUCUCAACAUCCAGUCCAUAGACGGACAGACCUGUCUUCACGAAGCCAUCAGACUUUCAGGUCGGGAGGACAGCAAAGUUGAAGCAACACCAGCACUCCAAAAGAUCUCAGAAGAGUUCUAUCAGAAUGAAUUGUCUCCAAAGACGGCCCUGGUCUUCUAUCUCUUGGACCAUGGAGCAAAGCCGAACAUCAAGGAUAACCAAGGCAACCUACCAGUCCACUAUGCCAAGGAUGAAAUCAUUCGCCAGAUGAUAUUCUCAAGAGUAACUACGGAGGCCGAGAGGAACAAUUAUGCCAACCUUCCAGAAAGUGCGCAAAGUGAUAGAACAGACAGUGUCGAGCCAAUAAACCAACCCUUAGAUGGUAGAUAUGCAACUGGAACGUUUGGAGCCCUUGGAGGAACCCUGUCCACCAAAUCUCAUGGGUUUACUCUCCACAUUCCACCUGGUGCCCUUGAGGAAGAUGAGACAAUCAGCCUUCAGGUACUGACCGAGAUUCCGAAUGACCUCACACUUAAAGAAGACGAGCUUCUAGUACACCUAAACGGCUUCCAGAUUCCUCCGACGUUAUUUGUUCAGUACAGGAACGAUGGCUAG